AUGAAUGGUUUAUUAUCGCUUCCAGAUGAAGUUCUAUCAAAGAUAUUCGCUCAGCUUGAUGUCAUUGCUAUAAGCUUUUUCAUACGUGCAUUUCCUUAUUUCAAGAAGAAGAUUUUGGAUCUUUUCACUAUUGUUUGUGAUGAACGUGAAUCCAAUGAUAUAAAAGGCUAUUUUCCAGGGACACCUAUAGUUGGUUUAAAUGAUUUUUUGAAAAUGACCUCACAAAAUAAAUCUUGGGGCGUGCUGCUUAUUUUAACCCAAGCUCCUGAUGAUCCAACAGAAAUUGAUCAAAUUAUUAAAAAGGUCAGAAAACUAAGUACAAUUACUUUGGUGCAUAGGCAGCUAGAGUGUAUUGAUGAUUGGUAUAAUGACCUACCUGUUCCUCGUAAAAGAUCUAGGGAAGAAAUAUGCAAUGAGAAAUGUACGGGGUUAAUGAAGGUUCCUAAUGACAAUAGGUGGGUUAAAAAUAUGUCUUUUCCUUUCGUUACAAUAGUUUUUCUAGAUAAUCUUGAAUUGGACCCUGGAAUUCUCAGAUUUCGUCAAUUGAAAGAGCUACGGCUCAAAAAUUGUGUCAGUGGUGAUGAAAAUCUCAAAUUUGACUUACCCAAAAUACAGCAGAUUAUGCUUAUUGGAACUUGUCAAUCAAUCAUGGAGAGUCUUGAUUUUGAAAAGUAUCCUAAAACACUGGUGAUUGAUAGUGAGGAUACCGGAGUAUUUGAAAACAUUAGAUUCUUAGAGACAUUAUCUCUAUGUGUGUCUACUAGUCUUGUGGGAUCGGGGGAAAUAAGAAAUAUUGAACUUCCAAAAGCCAAAACAUUUUUUCCAUCAGGUAUUAGGUCUCUUUCAAACAUUCAUUCUAAUUCAGUUGAACAUUUCAGCAUCGCAUCAAAGGGUGAACUUUCCCAACUGAAUGUUCACAUACACGAUGUUGAGUUCCCAAACUUGAAGUCAUUUCUAGUUGAGAAUGUUAUGCUAAAGGACAUGAUGGGUUUGAAUUGUCCCAGCUUGAGUGAUUUAUCUAUUCAUAGAUCCCAAAUUUUGAAUAAUCAAAAGUACCUAGAAUCGGUUUUUGCGAAUCUCACGAAAUUGGGUUACACUGACUCAAUUCCAAUUUUUGAAAAGCUAAAGACAGAGAACCUUGAGGAAUUCUCAGCAAGAGUCUCAUCAAAAGAAGACAUUAAGAUUAUUACUUCGAAACAAUUUCCAAGUUUAUCGCUGUUGAAUCUUGAUUUUGGAAGUAUUGAUGAGACUGGUUAUGUUUUAAAACCUGCUCCAAAUCUCACAGAUGUUGAAUUGAGUGCUUCUAAGGGCUUAAACUUCUUGAGGAAUUCGUUUUCAAAUAUAACAUAUCUGGUUCUCGAUUCCUGUUCUGGGCCCUGGAGUCUUGAAGGUGUUAGUUUCCAGAAUUUGAGAUAUUUCGAGGUGGGAAUCAAAACUCCCACUCCUGGUUGUGUGAAGAUCCACAGUUGUCACUUUCCAAAACUGAAGAGCUUUUCCAUUGAAAUGAAAGAUAGUAUUGAUGUCGAUAUCAAAGGGAUUUUUGAAAAUAUUGAGGCACCAAUGCUUCAAUCGAUCAGUUAUGGUCUUGCCAUUGACAUACUUGAUUUAUCAAAGAUUAGCCAUAGAUUGGAAGAUAUUGAGAUUAGUAAUGUUCAGUGCUUAAUUUUAGGUGAUAGUAGUAAUCUAGAAAGCCUAAAAGACACUUGGGAUGGCUGGUUGAAAACACUCAUCAUCACACACAGAGAGACAUUGAAGAAUCUGGAACAUAUUGAGAUAAUGCGUUCGGGUACUAUUGAAAGCUUUGAAGAUUUGGAGAGAAGAAAAGACAAGAUUGGGUUGAGGAUCAUUGAACUUUAG